GCGUAGAUAUGCUCCUGCCUGAUGGAUGAAGGGAGUUGGUAAGGUCUUUCCCACCUGGAGGUUCAGAUUUAUAGAUGUUAUUCGUCAACAGAAAAUCAUACGUGUUUAUUUUAUCCCGAACGUACACGAUUCUGUGGAUAAAUCGUCGAAGUUGUCGUGUUUGUCUGAACAAACGCGGAUAAACCUGACAUAAACUUCUGCUUGGACAGACGAACCGCCGCCGCCUCGUGAGGACUAAGAAGGUAACUUGAACACUCUUGAAACUGCUGUAAAUAGUAAAACAAAAAUCAAUUAGCCUUUUACAUGAAACGCAAUUAAUAUUUGGCGUUUCUCUGAACAUUUUGUUGUACUUUUACCUUUCUUCUUUUCCUGAAAUACGUGAAAGGAGGUUUGGUUAGCUAAGACUGGUCUUACAGUUACCGUUGUCAAGCUAUGGUUAGAGCUUCACGUCUGAUUCAUCUAAAAAUUCCCACCAAUGGCUGUAAAAUUAAGAUGAGGCCAAUUUAGAUUAUAAUACUACAGCACGACGGAAGAACCACACCAUAUUUCUCUCCAACACUGAUUGUGGUACAUUGACCCAACACCUGAGGACCAAGGCCACCUACAGCCAGACUCACCUGCUCGCCUCAGUAAAGUGAGAUAGUUUCCAUUUCCAUUAUCCUCAAUUUUAGUCAUGAUUAUAGUAUUAAAUUUAAACUUAACGUCACAAAAUUAAAUUCAAGUCCACUGUUUUCAGAUUACUCUUUUUUUUGAAUACCAGUCAGCGCACAAAGCAGACCUGCUUUUCUCAUUUGGGUCCACCUAUGUCCGUACCUCAACUCUAAAAACAAAAUCUUUUGGCUAUAAGAAUAACAAUAAUGUGACCUGAACUGAACUCUCAUCCACUUCAUUGAAUGGGACUAUGACUGAAUCACUCAAAUCAGUUCACUAAAAAAAAUUCGUUCAAAAAAUUCGUUCACUGAAUCACCCAAUCGUUAAGCACUUGGCAGGAGGAGCCUGCGACUCUGAAAUCCUAAACUGAUACACAGCUGAACGAUCAGGAUUCAGGAUUCUGGGACCGGGAGACGAGAGUGUUCGGCUGUGUUGCUUUGGCAAACAGGUUUGUAAAAAUGACCUUGUUUAUAAGUCAUGAUGUUUUAAGUGUACUGUCCUAUGGUAUGUUAUUAUCAGCUCUGCUUGGUAAAUUGGGCUCAGUGAGUGAUUCAUUCACUGAAGGUUUAGAAGAAUUCACACUGAAUAUGCAUCAUUCCCUCGCAAACCCCUGCAAUGAUCAGAUGCUGCGGGUUUUAUGCACUUGUUGCAAUAUGUUACAUGUUGUGUCAAAUUGUAUGCAAGUUGUUGUGGUGGCAAUUUAGCAGUAAAAAAAUUUAAAAGUUAGUUUUGCCUAAAAAAAUGAUUCCAGAGAGUGUACUUCAAUGUAUGAUUUGUUUAUCAAGUGAUUCAGGCGUCAGUGCAUGCAGUCCCUUGUCCCCUGGCUGCUUGCCUGGCAAUGCUGCGUGCCAUACCAGCUGUGCUGCUGACAGCUCAACUGAAUUGCGAAACGAACUACUCACUUGAGAAAGUGAUUCUGUUCAGUACGAUUACUUAAAAGAUUCGGUUCUUUUGAAGGAAUCGUUCGCGAACGACAACAAUGUACACCAAAUGUACACUGGACAGUGAAAAAUGAGAGAAUAUAAUAUGUAAGAGAUGGUCAGUGAGGGUUGUUUUCUUUUAUUUGAUGUUAAGAAGUUAUAUCAAUUAUGAUUUGAAAUAAUUCCACGGAUGGAUGACAAUAUUUCAUUUAGUCAGCCUUGACUCAGAUGCACCAUUUUGGCUGAGGCUUAAGGCCCAUACACUGUUACAACAUGUCAUUCCUGGUUCGCAAAGAAAUUAAGACAUCACUAGAAAUUAAGACACCUCCACAAAAGUAGUAGUGGUCUACCAAUGACAGUUUUUUUAUUUUACUUACUGUGAGUGAGCAGGUGGGCUGAUGGCAGGUAUAUAACGCUGAAAAAUGAAAAACAAAAUUACUGAACUUGAGUGAACAUGUCAUCAAAUUAAUACAGAUGGAGUAAUUUGGGUCUCAGUCAAAUAAUGGUACAAGAGGCUUUUAAAUUCAGUCUGAAAUUGUUCAACAAAAAAUGUAAUGUAAAUAUUAGUUAAAAUAAAAGAAUAGUCAUUUACAGUCAUUUUUCAUGUUGUUAUACUGCUUAUUAGUCCUUGAGCCGGACCAGAUGUCGGUACCACUUGGGUGGGCAAAACCUUACAUAUACUAAAUUGUUUUUAGGGUCAAUAUAAGUAAAUUAAAAUAUGAUAGACUUUUCAUAGGGGUAGCUUUUUAUAUUUUUUCUCAUUUUGUUAUUUUCCUCAAUAGGCGAAUUUUUGUUAACUCCAAAAGCAACACAGAUGGUCAAAAGCACAUUAAAAGUCAUACUCUUUUUGGGUCACACUGCUCUAUUCUAUAAAUGAAUCAAACCUGUGUCUAAUUAAAUGAGUUGAUGAAGUGGGAGUGGCCCAAUUUGAUGGUGGAGCAGUUCUUUCAGGUAUCACAAUACUUGAGCCAAGAACCAAAAUUUCACAUAUUGGUACCACCUGGGUGGACAAAUUCUAGUUGUGAUUUUUUUUAUUGCUAUACAUCCCUACAAUAAGUUUUUAUAUGAUAGACCUUGGUAACUGGUAGCUUUAUUGUAGUUAUCACUCAUUGAACUAAUAGAGUGCAGCUGUUCAAAAAUGAAAAAUCGCCUUCCUUCAAAAUUAAUUUUCUUUCAUUUUAACCUCUCAUUUAGGUGUGUUUGAACUAUUGGCUAGCCAUAGAGACUUGUAAUAACCCCCUAAGUAGUAUUUCAAGUAAUUUAUCUAAUACAGGUGUGUAUAUAUAAGCUUCAAUUAGCCAAUUGUCAGGUCUAAAUCAAGGUCUAAAUUAAGGAUAUUUUUUUACUUAGAAGUAGAAGUAAAGUAAAUGCAGACUAAUAGCAUUAUAAUAACACAACUUUAAUAUGACACUGACAUAUUUUAAAUGCAGGAACUCAAUAUACAAUCAUCCUGGCUGGUGCAGGGCAAGAAGACAUUAGCAACAAAAUAAGAUCCACUGAUGUAUACACUCUAUACAGUCAUCUGAGAAAAACUCAAAUUCCUAUUCAAAGUCCUAUUCUUUCCAUAAGGAACAGUGACGGCAAAUAUGACUGUCAAGUUUUGGCUUAGUACAUAAUUCUGUCACUGAGUCACAGUGGGUCUGUUAACAUAGCUCCCUUUGGUCAUCAUUUAUUAAUCAACAUCAGUAAUCGACAUCAGUAACUGUAUCUUCUUCUACAUCUGAAUCUGCCGGUGUGCAAGGGGCUCUUCCUCACUGUAUUGGUUGGCAAUUUUGUAACACAACUUUAAUAUGACACUGACAUAUUUUAAAUGCAGGAACUCAAUAUACAAUCAUCCUGGCUGGUGCAGGGUAAGAAGACAUUAGCAACAAAAUAAGAUCUACUGAUGUAUACACUCUUUACAAUCAUCUGAGAAAAACUCCAUUCCUCCACCAAGAACUUGAUGAGACUGGCUUUAUUGGCAGGACUGCAGAGAAGUUUCCUCCACUGCUGAAUAUUGUGGACAGAAACAAUGUUUCUGAACUGGAUCCCCAUGUCUGCACCUCUGUUUAGUCUUUCUGAAUUUUUGAUUGACAUGUCCUUGUAAACGUCAAAGACAACGUCAGUCCUUUCACUUUCACCACCUUCAUGCAGGACCUUGGCUAAAGUUGAGUCAAGCCAGCUUCCACCAUGUCAGGAUUGCGUAUUAAUGCAUUUGAUUUGUGCCAACUACCAGGCUGCUAUCUGGAGAUGGUCUCUUCAUACCAAGCCAUCUGUACCAAGCCCCAAGGACCAUGCGUGGACCAUAAAUGACGAAGGGCAGCUAGAAAACAGUGGAUGCGUGGUUCCCCAGCACCAGAUGCGGUCUUGCAGUUGCUAUCCUGCAAGUGUGUGAGGACAUGCAAACCACCAGACUGCACAUGUCUCAGCAAUGGGCUGAAGUGCACAAACCUGUGCAAAUUACAAACUUGUGCCAACCAGUACAGUGAGGAAGAGCCCCUUGCACACCCGGCAGACUCAGAUGUAGAAGAAGAUACAGAUACAGAUGUCGAUUACUGAUGUCGAUUAAUAAGUGAUGACCAAAGGGAGCUAUGUUAACAGACCCACUGUGACUCAGUGACAGUAUUAUGUACUGAGCCAAAACUUGACAGUCAUAUUUGCUGUCACUGUUCCUUAUGGAAAGAAUAGGACUUUGAAUAGGAAUUUGAGUUUUUCUCAGAUGAUUGUAUAGAGUGUAUACAUCAGUAGAUCGUAUUUUGUUGCUAAUGUCUUCUUGCCCUGCACCAGCCAGGAUGAUUGUAUAUUGAGUUCCUGCAUGUCAGUGUCAUAUUAAAGUUGUGUUAUUAUAAUGCUAUUAGUCUGCAUUUACUUUACUUCUACUUCUAAGUAAAAAAAUAUCCUUAAUUUAGACCUUGAAUUAGACCUGACAAUUGGCUAAUUGAAGCUUAUAUAUACACACCUGUAUUAGAUAAAUUACUUGAAAUACUACUUAGGGGGUUAUUACAAGUCUCUAUGGCUAGCCAAUAGUUCAAACACACCUAAAUGAGAGGUUAAAAUGAAAGAAAAUUAAUUUUGAAGGAAGGCGAUUUUUCGUUUUUGAACAGCUGCACUCUAUUAGUUCAAUGAGUGAUAACUACAAUAAAGCUACCAGUUACCAAGGUCUAUCAUAUAAAAACUUAUUGUAGGGAUGUAUAGCAAUAAAAAAAUCACAACUAGAAUUUGCCCACCCAAGUGGUACCGAUAUGUGAAAUUUUGGUUCUUGGCUCAAGGACUAUAUGUCAAAAUGCCCAAAUGGUCCAUUUAUAAUAAUAAUAAUAAUAAUAAUAAUAAUACAUUAUUUUAAUUAUUGUUAUUAUUAUUAUUAUUGUUAUAAUGAUUAAUUAAUUUAAUAAAUGCUAUCAGUCAAAGUGCUUCAAAGAGAUAGGAAGGCCUAAUUUUCACACUCUUGCACCUGCCUGUUAUAAAACCACAUUUUUUUCUUUUUUUUUUUUUUUUUUUUUUUUUUGUGAAGCAUCCACCUGAAAGCUGAAACAAAGUUAAAACAUGUUUGAGGUGUCUCUAUAGAGUAGCCUCUAAUAGCAAGAGAAGGGGAUAAAAAAGCCUUCCUUCAUCUGAAAUGUUUAAAAAAGACACCUCAAUAAGUAAAACUAUAAAGCAAAAUACAGGAAAGGCAAAUAUUUGUCUCUAGUAACUGGGAGGCCCAUCCAGAAUCAAAAUUCUGGUGCCAUCUCUGCCUUGGCAUUUAAUCGAGACAAACUCGUAACUGCUUUUUCCACUAGGCACAGUGUACUAGAUCUUCUUCAUGACUAUUUGAAAUAAAGCCCUUUUUUUCUCACAGAUAUGAACAGAGAGAAAAAGAAGUUUUCAAUGAAGUGGAAACGAAAAGCUGCCACUACACCUUUACCACCUCAAGGACGUGGUAGCAGCUCAGACACAUCCUCCUCCCAAAAUGUGUCUUCAAAUGAAGAUUGGAAAACUGCGCCGCUAAGUGACUCUCCAGGACUUGGCACACUGGGAACACUGAGCUUGGACACUCCGAAGAGGAAAGCAAUUCCCCCUGAUGAGAUCAGGCACCACAAAGGGACAGGGAAGCUGAGGAAGUUCUCCGAGAGAAAAUUUGGAAAAUUCCAAACCCCAUCGGUAAAUCUUCCCCUGCAGUUAUAUUAAUACUACAUGUACAGUUUUUCUGAGCCUGAAAUCUCACAUGUAAGAAAAGUAGGGACGUAUUAACACCACAAACUCAUUCUUUCAUUUCCAAAAAGAAACAGAAGGCACCUGAGGAGGGGUCAAAGGCUAUUUACAAGAAUACAGUGACUGCAGCCGUUGGCAGCACAAAAACAAGAACCAGCACUCAAAAAGUUCCCAGUACUGACUCUAGGAGCCGGUCUUUGCCGUUUGAGUCUUCACCAGUGACAACUAAAGACACAAGUCCAGCAUCAUGUGGCAGUAUGGCCAUGACUGCACACUGUUCCUUAAGCAGACUUGAGAAGAGGGAUGAGGACAACUCUGCCCUGCACGAAAGUCAGUGGUCUCUCCUUUACGGGUUUGAGGACAGAGAAGCCCAAAGUGAUAACUCAGAGCACAAAACAGAUGACGAGGUCAGUCACCUUGAAACUGGGAACCCUUGGAUAAAAUCUAUUUGUUUUCUCUACAUUUUUCUGGUUUUUGACAAAUUUGUGUUUUGGGAAGUCACAAUUAAUGUAAAAAUUUUGCAGAGUUUUUGAAUAGUAAUCAUACAGAACAGUAAAUACUGUGAACAUGCUGUUACAGCAUUGCACUUUUCCAGUGUUUGGUACUAUAUGUGGGUGAAAUGACUCAGUGUGGUUCUGAACUAAGAGACUGUGAAAGCAGCAAGGAACCCAUGUUGGACUGUCAAUGUUCAGCCCCACUUGCCAGGCCUGCUGUUUCAGGACUGCAAUUCUGGGACUGUACCUGUGGAACAUGUUUUGUUGUGACAGUUUGGGUAUGUGUUAGAGAUACUGUUAAAACUGUAAUUUUAGACACUAAAAAUGCAGAACUCCAGAGGGCUGUAAUCAACCAAAUAAAUUCUUGGUCAACUAAAACCCUGAAAACCCAAAAUCGACUAAUCGGGUACUUUAUACUUUAGACCAUGUGACCAUGUUUUUUUACUGACUGUGAUUGCAACCCAUAGACUGUAUAUAGAAUGGACGCCAUCUGCCUCCUCGCUGGGUGAAGCCACCUCGAGAACAGCACCCUCUGGUGACGGGCUGCAGUAUAGGUCAUAAAUCCCGCCUUCCCUAGCAAUCCUUAUAGAGCUGUGGACAAACUUUAGAGAUUUAUUACUCAGGAUAUAUCCCCCCCCCCCCCAGAGCUUUUUCGCUUCAAAUCUGUGUACUGGAGGGUGGCGGGACCAAGUUGUCAUGGUGUAUACAGUCUAUGUUGCAACCCCACUGGCUUGUUAAAACAGAGUCAUGUAGAGGGUGGAAGACUUUACACUUUGCUAAAACCGUAGUGACAGACACCUCGACCUCUCUAAGGAGCACUAAAAAUUUUGGGUUUGCAUAGGCAAGGUCGGGUCAGCUGAUGAGCUAUUUAAUUACAAAAUAUGUGAAACAUCAUGUCCAUUUAUCAGCACAGUGUCAGACUCACCCUGAAUCAUUAACAUGCCAACCAAAACAUGAGAGUAACACAUAACAUGUAACUGGAACAUCAGAUAGAUUUAUGAAAAAGUAUAAUGAACAUAUUUUGGACUCUGAUUUGUUAACACAGAGAUAUACACUGCUUUUAAAACUUGCUUAAAAACGCAGGUAUAUGCUGGAAUGUGACAUCUCCACACAGUGACUGUCAACUUUUUUACAUUAGAUUUAGAUGUUUCUCUUGAGGGGGAAUUUCAUCUUUUUUCUUGAAAUUUAGAUUUUGUUCUCGGAGAUGCAAAAUGAAAAAAAAAUCCAGCUCCUCUAUUUUUCUUUUCUUUUCUGGCCCACUAAAAAAACAUCCUGCAUCUGAUCUAUUCAGUAUUAAGUGACAGACCAAUAACUGGUUCAGUUUCAAGUAUCAUUUCCUUUUCAUUAGUGAUACACCGUAUCUGUUAAGACGUCAAAAAUGUUUGACACUACGGUGUAAUAAUGAGGCAAUUUGAGAUGCAAUUUGUGAUAAAAAGCCAAAAGAAGAUGAUUUCUUUUUUUCACACUUGCAGGAUGUUCUGCUGAAAGGUUCUCUCCAGGAAGUGUGUAGCUUCAGGUUUUAGGUUUGAAGAGACAGCCUCUCAAGAAGACUUAUUUGCCACAGUAAAUGACCUGGAAGUUGAGGACUGUGACUCAUACCUCUCUGGUCUGGAGUAUAUCCCAGACUCUAAUGUGUCUCUUUUUCCUUCUCUUCAGGAAAGCUACUCUAAAAGCCUACAACAACAGUCAGUGAAUUACCAUGGAGCUACAACUUCCUCUCCAGGCCUUUCAUCACCUGAUGGAACUGCUUGGACUAACCAGGGACCUGCUGAACACAUGAGGAUACCUUCCUCAGUUUCACAGAGGACAGUCUGUGUCUCUCGCGAGCAACUAGACCCUCCAAAAACAAGGCCUUUAAAGGCACCCAAAAGUGAAUCUAAGGCUUCCUGCUCUUCCAGCAGUAUGGCCUUCUCACCAGACCCCUUUGCUCUGCCGCUGUAUUCAAGAAAAUCUCAGAUGUCUUACUCAAACUCUUCAAACACACGCAGACAGUCAGAUUUUGGUGCUUACAUGCAUCGCCCCUCUUCCUCCUUCACUCAUGGCUGCACUCCCAAAAAAAGACUAUCCUACGGGGCAGAACCUUUGUGGACCAGUUACCCUUACAAGAGUGAUCAGUUUGGUUUUAUUGACACACACUGUCAUAUCGACAUGCUGUAUGGCAAACUCGGUUUCUCUGGAACAUUCAGCAGCUUCCAAAGGGAGUAUCAUGAAAGCUUUCCUCCACAAUACAGGGGCUGUAUUGCCAACUUCUGCAACCCCACUGUCAUGAUGAAGCAGGGCCUGUGGGAAGGUUUGCUGGCUGAGGACAGGGUAUGGGGGGCAUUUGGGUGCCACCCCCACUUUGCCAAAUAUUACUCAAGUAAACAUGAACACAAUAUAAUGAUGGCCAUGAGGCAUCCAAAAACAGUGGCAUUUGGUGAGAUAGGUCUGGACUACUCCCACAAAAACUCUACAAAUUAUGACAGGCAAAAAGAGGUAGUGUAUUCAUGUAAAUCCUACCAAUAUGAUAAAACUCUACAGACCAGUAAAUAUCCAACUUUCUUGGCCUUUAGUGAAUGUUGUGGCUUCACAUUUUGUGUCUCUUCCUGGCUACAAAGGUGUUAAAGCGUCAGCUGCGCUUGGCUGUGACAUUGCAGAAGCCGAUUGUGAUUCACUGUCGGGACGCAGAUGAUGACCUGCUGGAAAUCAUGAGGGAGUGUGUCCCAAGGGAUUACAAAAUCCACAGGUAUACGUACUGAGAAAAACCAUCACACUUGGCAUUCUGUUUUCAGAUAUUUUGAAGUAUUUCUUGCCAUCUUUAGCUAAAUGAAAAAUGUCACUUACUGUCUUUUUAUUAGUUACGUUUACACAGACAUUCAUUGUGGUAGCAUUUUUGUAAUAGUUGGCAUGAUUGGCUUUUUGGUUCUCAGGCAGUGUCACCAUAUAACAUAGCUGACUUUGAAAUUUGUAUUGUGUAAAUCUGCCAUUGACCAAAAAUAAUGUAGUCUUUAAUCAGAUGUUCUGUUUGCUUCACUGAGAGAGAGAGAGUUGGCAAACCAUUAAUCAGUUUUCCUUACCAUCGGGUGGAUUCAAAAGCGUGUGCUUCAACGAUUUCAUUCAGGCUGUUCAGAUAAGCCGAAAACAAUCGCCCUCUGAUUCAGAAUAUUUGCUGUCCCAAAAAAAUAAUGUUCUCUACCUUGACAGCUUACUGUAGAGUUUAUUCCUCCAAGUACACCUCUAUAUGUGCAUUUUUGGGACACACAAAAACAGAGCGAAAGUUUGCUGCUCCAUUUGACAUGUUGUCAUGAUCUAAUACUCGUGUUUUUUUUUAAAUAUUAGAUCAUAUUUCUUGCACUUCAUGAAGCUAAUGACAGAUGGGAUGCAGGGGUGCAUUCUACAGCACAACACCGGAGGAGAGCAUCAGAUACAUGUGACUCCUUAUAUUUGAUGCCGUGCCCCGUUGACAAAUGUUGAAGCAUGUUGCUGGUGUUCCCACUUUUGCAUUUUAUCACUGCUCGACAAAUGUUGCACUGUUGUUAUCUUUUUUAGUAAAAUUAAGCCACGCUUUAGCUCGUUUCUGCCGACUUUUCGUAUCGUCUGCCAUGUUUUUUCCUUUGUCUCUGUUCCCGUUCGCGUAGACUGGCACUCGCAAGACCGUUUUUCAAGGCACCCGGAAGAAAGGAAUCGCUGAGAUGAAAUGUAAAUGAUGUCGAUGGAUUGAACCAUUUGAAACCGGUUCUCAACAAGAACCGGUUCUUGAUUUCCAUCCCAAAAAACCAUUGGGACAUUUUAGAGAGAAGAACUCACAUGUCCAUCUGCAGUAAACUGACCGUGAUCAUUCAUAGAAAGUGGUAUUUGAGAGUUUUUAUCGGACCACCAGUUUACUUUUUCUCUUUUUCACUGAACCAAAUAGGAAUACAAGUUGGAAAAUUAUGCCUACUUUGGGAGUUUUAUUCAACCACUGAAUUAUUUCUCUUUAUUCCUCAUUUGUGUUCAGACACUGUUUCACCAACAGUUAUCCAGUUAUUGAGCCAUUCCUGACAGAGUUCCCCAACCUAUAUGUGGGCUUUACAGCGCUGAUCACCUACCCCAACGCCACUGAAGCCCGCGCAGCAGCUUCCCAGAUCCCUCUCAACCGGAUUGUGGUGGAGACGGAUGCACCGUACUUUCUGCCUAGAGGGGUAUGAAGCUUUAGUCCAGGGAGCCAUCCAAAACAUGACUUUAAUGUCAUGAUGUAAAUGAUUUCAUACUCCAUACUGGAUCUUGAUUGAGUAUUUUAUUUUCAGCUGGUCACUGUGCUUAGCUGAAGUAAUUGUGAAGCUGGAGUUGGCUUGUAUGAGAGCAUUUGGUUCAUCACUGCUUUUUAAAGCUCAUCUAAAGUCCAAAUCAGCUGGAAUCCUAAGAAACGAUCUGACACAGUGAAUCAAUAAGACAUUUUUCUGACAAAUAUUUUAAGCUUUUUAUCCUUUUAAUUCUGAUCUUUAGUAGUUGACAUUCUAUAUUAUCUGGUUUUACACUAAAUAUCUUUAAUUUUGACUACCUGUUGAUUGAAGCAAUAUAUAUUUGAAGGCUUCAGAGUUCAAGAAAUAUGAUGGACAUUAUUCCCAUUUUUUCCAUGAUUCACAGAUCCAGUUAUCUAUUUGUCAAUAAGAUGAAUAACUGAUCAAUAAAUGCUGUUAGGUAGAGACUGAUGUAAAACAUGAAAAGUAGUGAGAUCUUGUGUUUGAGCAGAUUUGGCUUUGUACUAAUUUUUUUAUUUGUCAUUUACGUUCAUCUUCAUGGUUUGGAGCUGUUACGCUCUUUUUAAUAUCAAGUUUUCAGCCAUAUCCGUUUUUCACCUUCUCCCCUGUUAAACAAGUACAGUAGGCUGUUGUGCCUCACAGUUGAGGAAGCUGACCUAAAAUAGUAGUUCUAGUUGAAGAAUACAAUUGUGGUCUAUAUUCAGUCUAUAAAAAUUGUAAAAAUGAUCAAAAAAUAGAAAUAGAAACAAGAGCGUUGAUUUUCAGCCAUGGACUACCGUAUUUUUCGCACUAUAAGGCGCACUCAAAAUCCUUUUGGCUUGUCGGAACACUGCAGCUACUGUAGCCACGCGGAGUUAUUGAAUGAGUUCAAUAAAGUUUGACUUAUCUGACUGUUUUGUUUGGCUUAAUGCCCUUUUUAAUCCGGUGCGCCUUAUGUACGACAAUAGACGCUUUCAUUGAUGGUGCACCUUAUAGUGCGAAAAAUACAGUGUAUAUUGAAGGAGCACCAAGUGUUCAUGCUACUCCAACUUUCAGUACAUUUAUGUGAUGUAAAAAAAAUUGAUAAGGGGUUCAGAAGUGAACCAUUUACUGCACUGAUCAGCUGUAAAUAGAGACUGUUAAACAUGUGCUUCUGUGCUCUGCCUUUAACAGGUCAGUAAAAAACUCUGCCACUUCUCACAUCCUGGAAUGGGCAUUCAUACACUGCAGGAGCUGAGCCUUCUCAAGAGGGUUGAUUUGACCACGAUCCUUACCACUGUCCGGGACAACACCACUCAUCUCUACGGCAUAUGAAGUUUGGAUGUCUGGGAUGAAAUCAGCAUUAUAAAAGAUAAGAUAAAGUUACUGUUUUUGAGGCAAACAUGUCAUGUAAGUUCUUGUUCAAAAUUCACCAUCCCCUGAAAAAUUAAAACGUGGAGGAUUAGUUAUUAACAAGUUAAAGUGGGAAAAAAAAAAAGUUGUCUAAAAAAUAUAUUUUGUUUACAGAAUUAUUGUGUUUCAUUGUGUUUUCUAAUGUGAUUCAUGUCAUUAUUCACUGCAAACUUAAUUGCUAUGUGUUUUGUGUUUACAGUCAUUGUUUUGCUGUGGUGUUGUCAUGGAACAUCUCUUUAACUUGUUAUGGAUUUUUUUGGAUGUUUGUGUUUUGCUCACACAUUUUAGUCUGCUACAGCUCAUAUAAUUUGACACAUGAAAAGCCUUCAGUCUCGAGUAUAUGUGGGGGUGUGUUUAAGGACUUUUGAAGUUGUCAGAUGGACAAAAGUAAAGUAUCAUCAGUAACACAUUGAUACAGACUCGUGUGGUGUUUGCCAUGAGCAAAGCUUUUUCUACCCUGUCGGCAGGAAGUGGCUGUUAAAGGAGUCCAUUAGCUUGUUUUGAUUCCAC